UUGCCAAGCAUUCAAGUCACUCAACCGAGACCAUCCAUUUUCCAUUGUAAAAUAUUAAUUUGAUUCUGUUCGGUGGACAUUAAAAUUCAAUUGAUUGCAUGAGUUACUACGACGAAGAAGUUGAAAUUAAAACACCAGAUUUAGGCGAUUGGAAUCCGGCCCUCGAGGAAGACAUGGCGGAGGCAGCAGGUCAACCGGUGAAAUUAAUUGAUGUAGAUAGGAAGCCGCGAACCCUUUCUACGAAGCGAAGUGAUUCCUUCGACAGUGAUUCCGAUGUGAGUAAAAGCGAAGCGGGAGGUACCGUGGGGGAUGAUGCGGUCGCGACGGAGAUGAAACUGCAACCAGAAAAGUGGGAGAACUUGGAUGUUCCAGACGAUUUGAAAAACUGCUUUCAGUACAUAAUUAAGUAUAUACCCCAGAACAUUUCGGUGGAUUACCACUUGCAACCAUUCAUCCCGGAAUAUGUUCCGGCCGUGGGCGAUGUCGACGCUUUCCUGAAUAUCAAAAGCCCAGAAUGCAUCAAUGUGAAGAAGCAACAGCAAGUAUUGGACUUUCAUCAAAAAUUAGGACUAAUUAUUCUCGAUGAACCUAGCGGUCAACAGAGUGAGCCCAGUCUUCUGCAGGUCAAGUUGAGGUCGGUCCUGAUGAAUGCCAAGAGCACCAACAUCCAACCAAUUGUGGGCCGGACUUCAAAGGAAAUUGAUAAAUGGAUAACAGAGAUAUCAGAAAUGCAUUUGAUGCAGGUUCAAAAGGUUUCAAACCAAUUGUUGUCAACAAACGAUAUCGAUACAUUGAUGACUGAAUGGCCCGGGAAUUUUGAACAGCAUCUGAAUAAGAUUGGUUUCCCUUCACCCAAGUUGGAUUGCCCGUUGUCGUUUUAUGUGAAGCUUGUAUGCAGUUUGUUCGAUAUUCCAAUUAAAGAUGAUUCUCAUUCGAGUUAUGUUAUAGCACUGUCGACCCUGUUCAACUUAUAUUUGGCUAUAAGUAGUGACAGGAAUGAUUUUAAGGAGCACUCAUUGCACCAAUAAAAGUCUGAAAUAAAAAGCUGGU